AAAUGUCUGUAUGCACCUUGUGGAAAGCCAGGUGAUGUUGAUAGCACGUGGUAACUCCUUUCAACAGAAGUCAGAAGUUUGGAUGUAGAGUUCUAGCACAGCCCCUCGGUUCUAGCCCACAACUGAGCUACUCUACUAGCCUAUCCUAUCCUCCUCCUCCAAGGGAAGUUGUAUCCGACAGCCACGUUAGCUUGCUAGCCGUGCCGUCAGCAAUAGACUUCAAAUUAACAACACACGACCUGACAUCGUUUUGAAAGUGUACCAGUACAUUUGCUUUGUAGCGUGAGUCACAAUUGUUCUUGCUUGAGCUUCACCAACACGUCCAUCGGCCCCUGUACGACUAAAGAUGCUCGGCAUUCUCGCCUCCCGUUCCCUGGCUCUGCGGCUGCCAGAUGCAGUGCGCCACCAGUCAGCUGCCUGUUCAGACAUGGCAAAAUUCCGUCAGGUUUUUUCAAGUGCAAAACGGAUUGCCAUAAUCACUGGCGCUGGAGUGUCUGCAGAAAGUGGAAUCCCAACGUUCAGGGGACCGGGUGGCCUGUGGCGAACAUGGAAGGCACAGGACCUGGCAAGACCGGAAGCCUUUUCGAGGAAUCCAUCCAGAGUGUGGGAGUUCUACCACCACCGGAGGGAGGUAACACUGAAGAGCAAGCCCAACGCAGCACACUACGCCAUCGCUGAGUGUGAGGCACGACUCAGAAAGCAGGGCCGUUCCGUAGUGGUCAUCACCCAGAAUGUCGAUGAGCUUCACCAACAGGCUGGCUCCAAGCAUGUCUUGGAGAUCCAUGGUAAUUUGUUCAAGACCCGUUGUAUUAGCUGCGGCAGUGUUAAACCCAACCAUCACAGCCCUAUCUGUCCAUCACUGCUAGGCAAAGGCUCUCCUGACCCAGAAAGCAGUGAUGCCCAGAUUGAUGCCAGUGACCUGCCAAGGUGUGAGGAGCAGGAAUGUAACGGUCUGCUGCGUCCCGAUGUGAUCUGGUUUGGCGAGGUCCUGGACUCCAAUGUCCUGACACAGGUGGAGAAGGAGCUGGACAUGUGUGACUUGUGUCUGGUGGUGGGCACAUCCUCCAUCGUGUUCCCGGCAGCCAUGUUUGGCCCCCAGGUGGCAUCGCGAGGCAUUCCUGUGGUCGAGUUCAACACCAGCACCACCCCCAAAACUACCUACUUCAUGCAUCACAUCUCUGGACCGUGCGGCACAACGCUGCCUGUUGCCCUGGCACGCCACGAAUCCGAGGUCAUCUAAGAGGUCGCGUACCUGACAGCAGAGAACUUGCACCCCUUUGCCUAACUAAAGGUGCACAAACACACCCUACCUGCUUCUGGAAGCUUCUUUUCACUGCCUUAAAUACUUGGAGCACUUGUUGAUGGACAGAGGAUCUGCAUAACUGGAGAGGUCUUUUUGUGUUGAGAAUAAGUAAAAUACAUUUUACACUAGAAUAGGAUGUGGGUUUUAACAUUUUGUAGUGUUAAUAAUUGUAGUGUUACAGAGCGUUAUUUAUUUUUAUAGGGUGAGUGAGGGAAUCCCAGAGGGGUUUGCUGAUGGGCUAUUGCUGUUGUCACACACAGCUGAAUUUUGUUUUUUUUAACCUGCAGGUUCUGGAACACGUUAGGUACUAUGUAAAUCUAGUGUUCCUCUUGCACAUGGGACUCAAUUUAGGUACUAUCUACAUCUGGUGUUUUUCUCGUAAAUAGCUUAAGCUUGGUCUCAUAAAUAUAUAUGUAUGUUUUAUUGUUAGUGCAGCGCUGCGCGAAACUGCAUAUCACAGAUUGUUCAUAGGAUAUUCACAGUAGUGCCUUUAAAUUUCUGCUACAGCCAUAAACAAGUCGCCGAUCCUUACCCUUUAACACAGGUGUGCUUUAUGAGAUUGUAAUGGCAUGCUUAAUUUACAUCCUGAAAGUUGAGACAUCAGUGUUGAGGUGACCAAAGAGAUGCUGUACUUUUUUGUUUGGGACGUGUCAGGCAUGGCAGCUUUCAUUGCCACUGAAGGGCAACUUACAUUUACAAAACAGUCUGAGUCGUUUACAGCUUAUGCCUUACUCCUCACUUGGCUGGCCAAACACUGUCUGUAGCACUUUCUGAAGGUUAGAUCAGUCGAGUAAUUGUACUAUGUGUAUGUAAUGUAAAUGAAUGUGUAUGGAUUUACAGGGAAUGUUCAGGACCACAAACCAAAACAUUAUAGGACAUUGAAAAGGGGGAAAAGACGUUCAUUCAGGAUCAUACUGUUACAUUCCAAAUCUGAUGUACAAGGUUCUCAUCAUCUUUAUUUUGCUGGAUUGACCAAGUGCUCACAAAGUGCCUUUUUUAAUCAUUGAAUCAUUCCAUGUACUCAUCUGUGUUUUCUUGAACCAAGGCAAACUUCCAUUACAAAGACUACCGCAUAAACAGUCAUACACAUUCACUUAAGACACAAGACUGUACACACAUGUGCAACAUAGUAGUAUUGUCUGGACAUGUCAAGUGUAUUUGCACCACUGAUUGAAAAGGGGAAAAAAGUCAUAUUUAUCUUGAAUAAAGAUUUAAUAGAUUUA